AUGGACAGCUACGGAAACAUCUAUCCUCUGACUAAUCCGCUCGUCUUGGGCACCGCAGCAUUCGCAGUUGCAGGCUGGCUUAUUGCAUUUAUCGGCGCUUGUGUUGCCGCUUUUCACGGCGUGACGUGGUGGAUUAUUAUCUUUGAACUAUUCUUUACAGUGGGCAUGAUUGUAGCGAUAGGUGUUGGUGGAUUCGGUCCUCACAGAGGCCUGCUUUUGACAUUGUUGGCCAUCAGUAUUGUCUAUUUGACAUAUCUCAUUCCUAUCGUCUACUAUGAACAAGAGCAGACCAGCGGUGCCAAGGCAACCUUGGGUGGUUUGAUUAUCCUCAUCAUCAUGCAAUAUCUUUGGGUCUUCUUGCUCGGAUGCUCUGAGGAAUCCAAGUUGUACUCGUUGUUCUACGGUGGUCGUCAUGGCGGCGGUUUGCCGCGCAUCAACGCACCCAUGAUCCAGCGCAACUUUGUCUCGCCGUCCCAGAACAAGGAAAACCCUCUUCCUCAAACCCCAGCCAACAACAACAACAAUCCGCCUAUUCCCCAGGCGCAUCAAGAACACCAAAAGUUCCCCACGGCCAGUGCUCUGCAUUCAUACCAAGCAAACCCUGAGGAUCCAAACGAGUUGACUUUUUCCAAGGAUGAAACGCUCGAAAUCCUCGACAGAAAGGGUAAUUGGUGGCAAGCCAAGAAGGCUGACGGCAGCGUGGGCAUUGUUCCCAGCAACUAUUUCUCUUCCUAA